AUGACAAAGAUGCAUAACGUCAAAAAGCUCUCGGCGCUGCUGUGCCUCCUGCUCGCGGUUGGCCCUACUGCCGUUCUCUCGGCUCCCAUCGCUGAUGUCGAAAGCCUGGCCAAAAGGCAGGCCACUCACAGCAACACCGAUGCUGCCUCCGUCGUGGGCGCCGGCAUCCCCGAUGGACCCAGCUUCAACCAAGGCGAUUUCUUCUCCACAAGCAGCGAUGAGCACCGCGAUGAGGACUGCGAUGAGGACUGCGAUGAGGACUGCGAUGAGGACUGCGAUGAGGACUGCGAUGAGGACUGCGAUGAGGACUGCGAUGAGGACUGCGAUGAGGACUGCGAUGAGGACGAGGAUAACGAUGACUCGCCCUCCAGCCCGGGCUCGAGCUCCAGCAGCAACACCGGCGCCGCAUCCUUCAUGAAUGCUGGCAUCCCCGACGGACCCAGCUUCAACCAAGGCGAUUUCUUCUCCACAGGCAACGAUGAGCACCGCGAUGUGGGCGAUGGUGACAAUGGCUCGCAGUCGGGCUUCAGCACCAGCACCGACGCAGGCGACUUCGCCACGUUUGGUAUCCCCGACGGCCCCAGCGCUACCUUUGGAAAAUUCUUUCACCAUGAUUAUGAGGAGACUCACUCCGAGCAGCCCGAGACUACGCAUGUUCCUGAGCCUACUCCGCCUACGCCUCCUGUAGAGACGCCUACCUCGACCCCUCCGGCUCAUACUCCUGCUCCUGCUCCUCCUACUUCUGCUCCUCCUGCUCCUCCUGCUCCUCCUGCUCCUCCUGCUCCUCCUGCUCCUCCUGCUCCUCCUGCUCCUCCUGCUCCUCCUGCUCCUGCUCCUGCUCCUCCUGUUCCCGCUCCUCCUCCGGCACCUCCUGCGCAGACUUCUGAAGUUCCUGCCCCAGCUCCUCCUCCGGCGCCUCCUGCCCCUGCCCCUGAAGCUCCUGUCGCUGCCCCUCCUGCACCAGCACCAGCUCCACCCGCUGAUCAUUCCUGUACCUGCAGUUGA